CCUCUGAAGUGAAGCAUGGACGUUUCUUCUCUGUUUCAUGUUGCUGCCUGGGCUGACUCUGCAAAUGGCCCCACUGUCCUGCUGAGAGGGCAUGCACCAACCACUGUGGACCCCUUGCCUUCUUGCUGCAAGCAAGGAUCUCCUGAAGGGAUGCUGGAGCAGGAGUCUGCUGUGCAGGCCGAUGCUGCAACCAGUUUCUUGAGAGCUGCAAGAUCGGGGAAUCUGGACAAAGCCCUGGAUCACCUCAGGAAUGGGGUAGAUAUUAACACCUGUAACCAGAAUGGGCUGAACGCCUUGCACCUGGCCUCCAAGGAGGGCCACGUGAAAAUGGUGGUGGAGCUGCUGCACAAGGAGAUCGUUUUGGAGACGACGACCAAGAAGGGAAACACAGCCCUGCACAUCGCUGCCCUGGCUGGACAACAGGAUGUGGUCCGGGAACUGGUGAACUACGGGGCCAACGUCAAUGCGCAGUCACAGAAAGGCUUCACACCCCUCUACAUGGCAGCACAGGAAAACCACCUGGAAGUUGUCAAGUUCUUGCUGGAAAAUGGAGCCAACCAGAAUGUAGCCACUGAGGAUGGCUUCACGCCACUAGCUGUGGCUCUGCAGCAAGGGCAUGAGAACGUGGUCGCUCACCUUAUCAACUAUGGGACGAAGGGUAAGGUCCGCCUGCCUGCCCUGCACAUUGCAGCCCGCAACGAUGAUACUCGCACAGCUGCCGUGCUGCUGCAGAAUGACCCCAAUGCUGACGUCCUCUCCAAGACUGGAUUUACCCCCUUGCACAUUGCAGCCCACUAUGAGAAUCUCAGUGUGGCCCAAUUACUGCUGAACCGUGGAGCCAGUGUCAACUUCACACCCCAGAAUGGGAUCACUCCCCUGCACAUAGCCUCCCGCCGGGGCAACAUCAUCAUGGUACGGCUGCUGCUGGACCGCGGAGCCCAGAUAGAGACACGGACCAAGGAUGAGCUGACCCCUCUCCACUGUGCAGCUCGCAAUGGACAUGUGCGAAUCGCAGAGAUUCUGCUGGACCAUGGGGCUCCCAUUCAAGCCAAGACCAAGAAUGGCUUGUCGCCGAUCCACAUGGCAGCGCAGGGCGACCACCUGGACUGCGUGCGCCUGCUCCUGCAGUACAGCGCCGAGAUCGACGACAUCACCCUGGACCACCUAACACCUCUGCACGUGGCUGCGCACUGCGGGCACCACCGGGUGGCCAAGCUGCUGGUGGAGAAGGGAGCCAAGCCCAACUCCCGAGCCCUGAAUGGCUUCACACCCCUCCAUAUCGCCUGCAAGAAGAACCACAUCCGGGUGAUGGAACUGCUGCUGAAGACUGGUGCCUCCAUUGAUGCUGUCACGGAGUCCGGCCUGACCCCCCUGCAUGUGGCCGCCUUCAUGGGGCACCUGCCUAUCGUCAAGACCCUGCUGCAGCGUGGAGCCUCUCCUAAUGUGUCCAAUGUGAAAGUGGAGACACCCCUACACAUGGCAGCCAGAGCUGGGCACAUGGAUGUCGCAAAGUACCUGCUGCAGAACAAAGCCAAAGCCAACGCCAAGGCCAAGGAUGAUCAGACUCCUCUGCACUGUGCUGCACGCAUUGGCCACACCGGCAUGGUCCAGCUCCUGCUGGAGAACAAUGCCAACCCCAACCUGGCCACAACAGCGGGGCACACACCCCUGCACAUCACUGCCAGAGAGGGGCAUGUGGACACGGCCCUGGCCCUGCUGGAGAAGGGGGCCUCGCAGACCUGCAUGACCAAGAAAGGAUUUACCCCUCUCCACGUUGCAGCCAAGUACGGGAAAGUGGAUGUGGCGGAGCUGCUGCUGGCACGUGACGCUCACCCCAAUGCAGCAGGGAAGAAUGGCUUGACUCCGCUGCACGUGGCUGUGCACCACAACAACCUGGAGAUCGUCAAGCUGCUGCUUCCCAACGGGAGCUCACCACACAGCUCAGCCUGGAACGGGUACACCCCCCUGCACAUUGCGGCCAAGCAGAACCAGAUGGAGGUGGCCAGCAGCUUGCUGCAGUAUGGAGCUUCUGCAAAUGCGGCGUCUGCGCAAGGAGUCACUCCCCUACACCUGGCUUCCCAGGAGGGGCACGCAGACAUGGUGGCACUGCUUUUCUCCAAAGAAGCCAAUGGCAACCUAGGCAACAAGAGUGGCCUGACUCCUCUCCAUCUCGUGGCGCAAGAGGGGCAUGUGCCGGUUGCUGAUGUUCUGGUGAAACACGGAGUCACAGUGGAUGCAACGACCAGGAUGGGCUAUACCCCGCUGCACGUGGCCAGCCACUAUGGGAACAUCAAGCUGGUGAAGUUUUUGCUGCAGCACCAGGCUGAUGUCAAUGCCAAAACUAAGCUGGGCUACACCCCUCUGCACCAGGCGGCACAGCAGGGCCACACGGACGUUGUGACACUGCUGCUGAAGCACGGUGCCUCUCCCAAUGAGAUCAGCACAAACGGCACGACUCCCCUGGCCAUCGCAAAGCGGCUCGGCUAUAUUUCCGUCACAGACGUGCUCAAGAUCGUCACAGAGGAAACCGACAUCCCGUCAGUCAGCGACAAGCACCGCAUGAGCUUCCCGGAGACUGUAGAUGAGAUUCUGGAUGUGUCAGAGGAUGAAGGCACCGCUCAUGUCACAGUAAUGGAGGAGGAGCUGAUGGCACCAAAGUCCAGGACACCUGAUCCCAGGGACCAGGAGGGCAAGAGGGAGAUGCUGGAGUUUGAGAUCGUGACGACACUGGAGCAAACGGUGGAGUCUCCAGCUAUCCUGCAGGUCCCCUGUGUCCCACCUGAGACUGUGGUGACCAGAGCGGAGGAGACUGAGCAGGUAGGGCCUGUGGAGACAGAAGCUGAGCAAGUCAGCCUGCUGCAUGCACCCUCGGUGUCCCCACAGGAGCCCUCCAAGGAGUUCGACGAGGACUCCCUGAUCCCCAGCAGCCCCGCCACUGAGACCUCGGAUAACAUCAGCCCAGUGGCCAGCCCUGUGCACACAGGGUUCCUGGUGAGCUUCAUGGUGGAUGCGCGCGGCGGGUCCAUGCGGGGCAGCCGGCACCACGGACUACGUGUGGUCAUCCCGCCCCGUGCCUGCGCUGCACCGACCCGCAUCACCUGCCGCCUGGUGAAGCCCCAAAAGCUGCCUGCACCCCCACCACUGGCCGAGGAGGAGGGUCUGGCCAGCCGGAUCAUCGCCCUGGGGCCCGCUGGUGCCCAGUUCCUCAGCCCCGUCAUUGUGGAGAUCCCGCACUUUGCCUCGUAUGGGCGUGGAGACCGUGAGCUGGUGGUGUUGCGCAGCGAGAAUGGCUCUGUCUGGAAGGAGCAUCGCAACCGCUAUGAGGAGAGCUACAUGGACCAGCUGCUCAACGGCAUGGAUGAGGAGAUGGAGAGCCAGGAGGAGCUGGACAAGAAGAGGGUCUGCCGCAUCAUCACCACUGACUUCCCGCUCUACUUCGUGGUCAUGUCCCGGAUUUGCCAGGACUGCGAUAUGAUCGGCCCCGAGGGAGGGUGUUUGAAAAGCACACUGGUGCCCAUGGUACAGGCCACCUUCCCAGACACUGCUGUCACCAAGAGAGUGAGGCUGGCCCUGCAGGCGCAGCCCGUGCCUGAUGAGCUGGUGACUAAGCUGCUGGGGAACCAGGCAACCUUCAGCCCCAUCGUCACGGUGGAGCCACGCCGGAGGAAGUUCCACCGCCCCAUUGGCCUCCGCAUCCCACUGCCACCAUCCUGGAAGGACAAUCCCCGAGACAGCGGCGAGGGUGACACCACCAGCCUGCGCCUGCUCUGCAGUGUGAUCGGAGGGACGGCCCAAGCCCAGUGGGAAGACAUAACAGGCACUACGAAGCUGGUCUAUGAAAAUGAGUGUGCUAACUUUACGACCAAUGUGUCUGCCAGGUUCUGGCUGGCCGACUGCCCGCGCACAGCCGAGGCCGUGCACUUUGCCACAAUGCUGUACAAGGAGCUGGCGGCCGUGCCCUACAUGGCCAAAUUCGUGGUGUUUGCCAAGAUGAAUGAUGCACGGGAAGGCCGGCUGCGCUGCUACUGCAUGACUGAUGACAAGGUUGACAAGACGUUGGAGCAGCAUGAAAACUUCACUGAGGUGGCCCGUAGCAGGGACAUUGAGGUGGUAGAAGGGAUGCCUUUGCAUGUCGAGCUCUCAGGAAACCUGGUGCCUGUCAAGAAGGCCACUCAGCCCCGCACCUUCCUCUUCCAGUCCUUCCGGGAAAAUCGCCUCGCCAUCCCCAUCAAGGUUCGGGACAGCAGCCGGGAAGCCAGCGGCUCCCUGUCUUUCCUGCGUAAGGCCAUGAAAUAUGAGGACCUCCAGCAUGUGCUCUGCCACCUGAACAUCAGCAUACCACCCUGCGCCAAGGGAAGCGGCACCGAGGAGCGGAGGAGGACACUGACGCCGUUAUCUCUGAGGGAGCGAUACAGCAUCCUAAGUGAGACCAGUUUCGGGUCCCAUGCAGCUGAAGCUGUGACCCCUUCUCCUCCAGGCUCUCUGAGCAGCACGGACAAGACAGACCAGAAGAUGGUCGACAUAGCAGAACAGCUGGGCCUCAGCUGGGCUGAGCUGGCCCGUGAGCUGCAGUUUGGGGUGGAUGACAUCAACAGGAUACGUGUGGAGAACCCCAACUCCCUGCUGGAGCAGAGCGUAGCCUUACUUAACCUCUGGGUCAGCCGCGAGGGCAAGAGCGUCAAGAUCGAGAAUCUGUACACAGCGCUGAGGAACAUUGACCGCAGUGAGAUUGUCAACACGCUGGAGGGCUCUGGCCGACAGAGCCGCAGCCUGAAGGGCAGCUGGCGCUACAUGGACAGAGACUACUCCCUCUCGCCGUCCCAGAUGAAUGGUUACGCUUCGCUGCAGGACGAGCUGCUGUCCCCCGCCUCCCUGCAUUACACGCUGCCAUCCCCGCUGCGUGCCGACCAGUACUGGAAUGAGGUGGCCAUCAUGGAUGCUAUCCCCAUGGCUGCCACAGAGCAGGAUGCCCUGAUGGAGAUGUCCGACAUACAGGUGUGGUCCUCGGGGCUCACCCCCUCGCUGGUGACUGCUGAGGACUCCUCUCUGGAGUGCAGCAAGGCCGAGGACUCGGAUGCCACAAGCGAAGGCCGGUUCCCAGGGCAGCUUCUGGCAGACACGCAUGGCCCAGACCACAUGGGCUCUAUGGACCUGGUUGAGGAUGAUACAGUGGACUCAGAUGCCAUGAAUGGCUUGAUUGACCUUCUAGAGCAGGAGGAGGGGCAGAGGCCAGAGGGGAAGAUGUCAGCCGGUGAUCGCCAGCCCGGGACUAGGGAGCAGGACCCAGAGAGUGAAGUCUCUUUUGUUUCAGUGCAGCAGAAGGUGCAAGCCAGGAUCACAGCAUCACCUACCAUUAGCCACGUCACGGAGAAGAGCACAGACAGGCUGAGGGACUGGAAUGCAGAAGGCUCCUUUAUCUCCUGCCUACAGGACCUGACAGCGGGCUCCUGGCAGGAGGGGGUCACCCGAAGGCUGCUCCCAACGCACACCGUGGCCUCCAGGGCACAGGGCCAGGAGCAAGAGCAGGUCCUGGUGCCGGCCGUGGAGCUGAUGCAGGUCAGCUCCACAGAGGACAGCGACUGGCAGCCCCAGCACCCCACGGGCAGCUGGUGGGAGGAGGCAGACAGCCGCUUCUUUGGGCAGGGGGACGAAGUCCUUCAUCUCCCUGGAGAGCAGGUGACUGAGGAGCAGUUCACAGAUGAUCAAGGGAAUAUCAUCACCAAGAAGGUCAUCCGGAAGGUGGUGCGUCAGCUGAGCCCUGGUGACACAGAUGACAGGCAGGCACAAGAACAGCUGAUUCUGGAGGGCUCCCUGCAGGACCCCCAAGACCUGGAGGCUGAGGACGCUCACUUAAUGAAAUACUCCAUCCUGCACCGGGACAGUCUGGGGGCCAAGGAUCUCACCUCGACACCAAACCACUGAACUCCACACAUGUUCUGACACAUACCUGAGAAGAGAGGAAAGCAAAGAGUGGAGGGGAGCAGGGCUGGCUGUACAUGUUUCUAUAGGCUAUGGCAUGAUUUCUAUAUGAGACAUACUUACCGUCCUAUCCGCAUGACUGACUGACUGCAAGACGCAUGAGCUACAGUACUUAAAACUGACGGAGGGGCCUCCGUCCCUGCCCCGCUGCUGCCAGGAGCCCAGAGACAGCAGCACGCACCAGGGGCAUCCUCUCAGCUCCUCUGGGAGGGAAGAGCUGGGCUGGCAGAAACCGAGAGGGAAGAAGCCUCCACCCUCAUGUGACCGAGUGUGUAAAUGCAUCCUCACACCUGCGCUCUGGCUGCAAGAGGGAGGCUGGGGCAGCACGGCACUGCUCACCAUGGAAGGAGAGGGGCUCGACCCCCCAUCGCCCGUGCUGCCUCUGCUGGACUUGCUUCUCAUCCCACUCAGUGAGUGUUGGGUUAUGGGGAGGACAGCAGUUGCCAGGGAGUGUGUGAGCUGAGGGUUGCGGGCAGCACAGCUGCCCUGGGCAGAGGGGCUGGUGCAGGGCUGCCCUUCCUCUCCCCGGCACGUGCGAUGUCUCCUGCCAGGGCAGGGCUCUGGGCUGAGCACUGAGCUCGUUGCUUGUGUUGAAAGUGUAAACUGUACAGCAAUCAGCCUUGUGUAUAUGAACCAAUAAAUACUAUGCAAACCCCUAGGGACACUCUAGCAGUAUGUACAAAGCACUAACAGCUCUGCUCCCAAAUACCUCUUCAGGCUGCAGGACGGGCAAAACCUUUGGAGUACGUGAGCAGCUCUGGUGAAUGGAGCUGGGAGACUAUAGGACUAAAAGGGCAGCAGACUGCCCCUGCCCUGUGCCCCUCUGGCAGAGCUUGAUCCCUUCCUGGCCUGAAGAGAGGGGCCCACAGGUGCAGUCCCAUGGGUCUGUCCAUAGUGCAAGCCCCAGUUUGUGUUGGCUCCAGCUCGGGUGAAGCUGUGGGCCUGCGCUGAGGUGCUUGGGGCCCAGGGACGAUGGGUAGUGAGACAGAGCAGGGGAUGCUUGUGCCACACACGGGGUUGUGCCUAGCUCUACUCAGCACAAUAUCUGCUCAGGAGAUGAGCCAGGAGCUGGCAGAAGCCAGCAGCCCUGCACUACGCAUCCCAUGCAAGGGCUUUGCAGGGUCCCCUGGCCCCCCUGCAAGGGCACAAAUGAGCAUAGCCCAUUGACCCCGUGGAUGCUGACCCUCCCAGGACCAAACCCAGAGAUGUGGGGGGCUGCUCUCCCGGUGGCUGCGCUUUGGCCAGGGGAAAUGCCCUGCUGCAGCACCCUGGACCAAGCAGUCACCCUGGGAGCUAGGACAGCCCCGGGGCCAGCUGCUCCAGCAGGAGAGCAGUGAAGGGCAGAGCUGCCUGGGCAACUCUGAGGGGUGCAGUAGGUUGAAUCUGCUGCAAUACUUGACCCCAGGAGGGCUGGAUGCAGGUAGUGGCAGUAGGUCCCAGGUCCCCGACUCUGUCCUUUACCUAACCAACGUGGGGGCCUGGUCUUUGUAGCACAGUGGUGUGGGGACCCCCUGCUCUUUUCCCUGGAGGUGGCCACGAACCUGUUUCACAGGCCCUGAGUUUGCUCUCUGUGGCCAUGUGCAGAACGAGCCCACCUCCAGCAUCAGGCUGGUGGCCCUGGCAAGGCAGCCCUGUGGUUGCGCAUCUGCCAGGACACCCCUGGCUCCUCUGCAGUUGGGAAGAAGCCUAACUGCAGCGAAGCUAAAUGACCCAGCUUAGCCUUGGAGAGCAAAACAACCCCUCCUCCACCCCCACCCCAAAGUUGAGCCAUAUAGGCACAGACUCUCCAACCAUCACCCUUACUGUGUACAAUAACCUUCCUAGACCCACUGCGACAGCUGACUCCGUAGCAUCACUGUAGAGUUGUGUGUGGGUCCUGUGCUUUGGCCUUGUAACGCCUUAGGGAAUGUGCUGUGCUGCAACCGUGCCAGGCACCUGCAGUGACAUUGCUUUGCGCUCGGAUUGCUCGUAGAGCUGGUAGGGGGAGGCUGCACCUGACAUUGAGCCUAGAGAAUGCUGCAGUCUGCACACUAGAAGCUUUUUAGAAGUUUUAAAAUUACUUUUAUUUCCUUUUUUUAAUUGUUAUGGAAACAAGCCUUUUGGAUCUCCCUGUCUUAGCCCCUGAUGUAUAGAUCAUUUCCCUGUACACCAGCUACCAGACUAUGAAUUAAUAAAGAAACCAACACAGA